AUGAAACUAGCCGUAGGAGACUCGUCGAAGACGAGCAGACGCGAGGAUGAUUACAAUUACGCAGUGCAAGUGAUUCGCGUUAUCAUGCGAAUGAUCGGCGUGUGGCCGAUUCCCCGUUACGCUUCCUACGCGGAGAGAAUCGCGACACGCUUGCAAAACGUCUUAUGCUACUUUCUCUUCGCGUUUAUCGUUGUGCCGGGUCUCCUACUGAUGUUCCUGAAGGAACGCAACUUCAAACGUAGAGUGCGAUUACUCGGGCCGAUUCUGAAUUGCUGGAUGGGUUGUCUCAAGUACACUCUGCUCGUGUACCACGCGAGAGAGAUUCUGUCUUGCCUGAAACAGGCGCGACAGGAUUGGAGGGAGACGGUCGACUGGAGAGAUCGGAAAGUGAUGCUGUCCAAGGCAAAAAUAGGUCGAAAGUUCGCGAUCUUCUCCGCCGUCUUCAUGUAUGUCGGCGGGCUGUCCUACCGCACCCUUGUGCCGCUCUCGAAGGGACGAAUGCUCACGCCGAUGAACACUACGGUGAGAGCGCUGUCGUGUCCGAGCUACUUCGUCAAGUUCGACGAACAGGCCUCGCCGGCGUAUGAGAUCGUCUUCACCCUGCAAUUUUUCGCUGGACUGCUCACCUAUUCGGUGACGGUCGGCGCGGCCGGACUGGCCGCGUUCUUCAUCAUGCACGUUUGCGGACAACUGGGCAUUUUAAUCGGCAAGCUGCAGCACCUUAGUGACAUGCCGGAGCCUGAAGAUCGAGCUGUCGCGAUAUUGCUGGCUGAUAUCGUGGAGCAUCAGAUAAAAGUGAAAAGUUUCCUAAAACAAGUAGAGGAAACUAUGAGAUACGUGUUAUUAGUGGAAAUAGUGGGUUGCACUAUACUUUUAUGCCUUACAGGAUACUACGUUAUUAUGGAAUGGGAAAGUAGCGAUGCUACUGCUAUGUUAACUAUGUCUGUGAUACUCACAUCUUUCACAAUUUCCAUUUUUACUAAUUGCUAUGUCGGUCAACUGUUGACAGAUCAGAGCAUUAAAGUUGGAUCAAUGACAUCCACGAUGAAUUGGCAUCGUCUUCCUUACAAAAGAGCCCGUACUUUAAUUCUGGUAAUGGCAGUUUCCAAUAUGCCGACGAAAAUCUCGGCGGGAAAAAUGAUAGAAAUGUCCCUACCUACGUUCAGUAAUAUCGUUAAAACAUCGAUGGCGUACUUUAAUCUGCUCCGGAAAUUUAUCACAUAAUUCUGAUGGAACUUUUAC